AGCAACUUUGAUUUCAAAUCGAACAAGUCAAAUAUUUUCUUCCUCGCUCUCAUACAAUAAAAUAUAUACAUCAAAUUUAAAUUUAAUACGUUACGCGCCUUUUUCUGGUUGACGAUAAUGUGGGCAAUCAAUUUGUUUGUGGUCACACUGCUGUUGAUCUAUCUGGCAGCCCUGGCGCACAGCUGUUCUUGCGGCGAAGCGGCGAAUUUAGAGUGCGGAUGCACAAAAAAUCACUAA